ACCUACUUACUCACAGGUAUUUCACCAAUUUUGAUUUUUCAGCAUUGCUGUCACCGGUUUUGGCCAAUUGCGGCUAUCACGCAAAAUCAAACAUCACAAACUACAAAGGAGAAGAAAACGCAACCAUGGCACAAGACAACAACUCUGAACCCGCCGAUGAGCUGAUCAAGAGUGUCACUGAGUAUGUCACGGAAUACAUGUCGCACUAUGACGCCUCGCACGACUUCAACCACAUCAGACGCGUGCAGGCCCUCUCGCACACCAUACUUGCUUCCGAGCGCGAGAGGACCGGCCGGGCCUACAACGAGACUCUCGUGACGCUCGGUGCGCUCCUGCACGACGUCGGCGACAGAAAGUACCUGAAGCCGGGGCAGGACGCGACGACGUUGGUCCGGGACGUGCUGCUCGCCCGGGGCGCGUGCGGAGACCUCGCAGCGCGAGUGCAGGACCUGGCCAUCCACGUCUCCUUCUCGAGCGAGAAAAAGGAUCCGCAAAAGGUACUGGACAAAAUCGCCGAGCUGCCAGAGCUCGCCGUGGUGCAGGACGCUGACAGGCUGGACGCCAUCGGCGCUGUGGGCGUCGCCCGGUGCAUGGCGUUCACGGGCUCCAAGGGCGGGAGUCUGGAUAAUGCAAUUGAGCACUUUGUGGAGAAGUUGGAGCUGUUGGAGGGCAUGAUGAAGACGGAGACCGGGAGGGAGAUGGCGCGCGUCAGGACGCUGCGGCUCAAGGAGUUUAGAGGGUGGUGGGAAGAGGAGGUUCGGCUUGUAGAGCGUAGCUAGGCUAGAUCUAUGGGUGAAGUAGACCCGGUUGAUCUUUAUUCACAGGCAAGUCUUGAGAUUUUAAGUUGAUAAUGAUGCUCCCAAGUCUGAUUCGUCCGAUAU